CAUGCAAUUCAUGAUGAUCACCGAUAACCACUCCAUUGGUAACCACCCUUACAACUUUCAGUUACACCACGGUUUCGCACAUCCUCUCUCCGGCACCACCACCGAGACUCUCCUUCCUGUAAUGUACGAGGCCACGACUAAUCUUGAUUUCUUCAAGGCAGACAGCGGCCUUACUUACAGUCUUCCGAUUUCUAGAAAGCGGUCUAGAGAUACGUAUCCCUUCUUUAACGCUCCAAACAUGAAUCAGAAUCUAAUUCAAUCAACUUCAACGUUUCUUGGCCAAGACAUCUCGACUCAGAUCCAACAUCAGCACCUGGAGAUCGAUCGAUUCCUUGCUUUUCAUACGGAAAAAAUCAGAGUGCAGAUCGAAGAGAGACGAAAGAAAAAUUCAAGGACAAUCAUAGCAGCAUUAGAAGAAGGUAUGACGCAGAGGUUGAGGGAAAAAGAAGAGGAAAUUGUUAAAAUGGCAAAGUUAAAUUGGGCGUUGGAAGAGAAAAUCAAAUCUCUGUGUAUGGAGAAUCAAAUCUGGCGUGAAUUGGCGCAAACAAACGAAGCGACAGCAAACGCAUUACGCAGUAACUUGAAACAAGUUCUCGAGCAGGUUCUCAACGACGAUUUCCGAAACCGUAACACGGCGGCAGGUGAGGACAAAGCGGCGGACGAUGCUCAAUCGUGCUGUGAAAGCAACAACGAGGAAAUGCGCACGUUAGCGGAACAGGAUAGCAGUAACAGUAAUAUGAUGAUGAUGAUGUGCAAACAUUGUCGGAAAAUAGAGUCACGUGUGUUGUUGCUUCCCUGCAGGCAUCUCUGCCUUUGUACAGUGUGCGCGUCUUCUGUCAACAUUUGCCCCAUUUGUAAAUCCACAAACAACAUCACCAUUCAUGUUCAAAUGUCCUGAUGCCAUUCUUUUAAAACCUUCUUUAUGUUCGAAUCUUAUAUUGAAACCCGAAAUUUGUGCACUAGAAUCUUUCAAUUUAUUUAGUAAUCACAA